UUUAACAUGAGGACCGUCUGGUGCGCGAUAGUUGUGUUGGUGGUAGCAGUCGCGAUUGGCGCGGAUCACUACCAUCCAGACGUUAAAUUUAACCCCAAACCAACCGACAACAAUGCUACAGAACAAAACCCGGACUACUGGAGAAAUGAAGCAAAAGAAGGCAUCGAAAAACGACUGCGACGAUUACAAAAUAAGAACAUAGCUCGCAAUGUGAUCAUGUUCCUAGGCGACGGUCUCUCCGUGCCCACACUAGCCGCUGCAAGGAUUUUAAAAGGACAGCGCGCAAACCACACUGGUGAAGAAACAGAAAUGUUUUUCGAAACAUUUCCCACUGUCGGUCUGUCCAAAACAUACUGCCUGGAUGCUCAAAUCGCGGAUUCUGCGUGCACAGCCACUGCUUACCUGACUGGAGUAAAGAACAAUUAUGGCGCUAUCGGAGUCACGGGUGCUGUCAAAAGAUACGACUGCGAGGCUUCUACGGAUCCUUCUACCCAUUUGGAUUCGAUUGCCGCAUGGGCUCUUGCUGAAGGAAAAGACGCUGGCAUCGUGACAACGACGCGAAUUACUCACGCGUCCCCAUCUGGAGCAUAUGCUAGGGUAGCCAACCGAGGCUGGGAAAACGAUGGAGCUGUUAUCGACAGAGGAUUCGAUCCUAAAAUGUGUCCUGACAUCGCUCAUCAGCUCAUACACACUGACCCUGGAAAACAAUUCAAGGUCAUUUUGGGAGGUGGAAGGAGAGAGUUUUUGCCACAAAACUUCACCGAUGAAGAAGGUUUCAAUGGGCUUAGGAGGGACAAUCGAAAUCUCAUCGAAGAAUGGGCAGCUGACAAAGCAGCAAAGAACGUGAAUCAUCGCUACGUAUGGGACCGUUCUCAGUUAAUGAAUCUGCGUGACAAUCCACCGGAAUACAUACUAGGCUUAUUUGAAUCCAGUCACAUGCAAUAUCACAUGGAACGAAAUAGACAAACAGAGCCAACACUAGCAGAACUUACAGAAGUGGCAAUUAACUCCUUGAAACGCAAUGAAAAAGGCUUCUUUUUGUUUGUAGAAAGUGGUCGUAUCGAUCACGCACACCACGACAAUUAUGUGCAACUGUCUCUAGACGAGACUCUGGAAUUUGACAUUGCGAUAAAAAAGGCAGUGGAAAUGCUCGGGGAGGAAGAUACAUUGAUGGUGGUAACCGCUGAUCACUCGCACGUAAUGGCCUUCAACGGAUAUUCGGUUCGAGGACAUGAUAUCCUGGGUGCAGCUGAAGAAUAUGGACAUGACGAUAUACCCUUUCAAACUAUCUCAUACACUAACGGACCCGGGUACCGGAAGCCCGUAAACAACACUAGAGUUGAUGUCACAACCGAAGAAAACUACAAGGACUUAAGGUGGAUGACCCAUGCGGAAGUGUACAGGGAUAUAGAAACUCACGGUGGUGAUGAUGUAGCGGUAUUCGCCACAGGACCCUAUCACCACAUGUUCACUGGAUUAUACGAGCAAAGUCAGAUUCCCAUGAUCAUGGCGUACGCUGCAUGUAUCGGGCCAGGCCUGCAUGCUUGCAACAGCGCUGUUCUGAACCAUCUGCUGUCUUUGCCAAUCUACAUAAUAGCAUUCUUUGUAUUGUUACGCGGUUUCCAGCAUUAAAUGAAAUGUAAGGUUGUAGUUUAUCAGAGUCAAAAGAUACUCGCCGUAUCCGUUACCGAUGGGCUUAAUCGUAUUACAUGGCAAUUAAAAAACUAAAACCUUAGAGUUGUCGAAGUCGGAAUUAAUGUUAAUUAUGAAUAGGAUUAAAAUAAAGAAUAUUAACAAAGAUUU